GUUCCACAAACUGAAAACGACUGGAUUGCUAUAGCAAAGGAUUUCGAAAAGAGAUGGAAUUUCCCUCAUUGUCUUGGCAGCCUAGAUGGAAAACAUAUCGAUAUAAUUCCUCCAGCCAACAGUGGAUCUUUUUUUUUCAGUUACAAACAUAGACACAGUUUAGUUCUACUUGCCAUAGCAGAUGCAAAUUAUAAAUUUAUUGUAUUUGAUUUCGGUACAAAUGGCAGAGUAUCAGAUGGAGGUGUGCUUCAGAAUACAGAAUUUUUAGAAGACUUCAGGCCAAAUUAUUAA